AUAUGAAGUACAAGGUCAACCUGUUGAGCGGUUUUGGGGUUUUGAGAAUCCAAAUGGACAUAAUGCCGAAGCAUUAUCACAAACUAUAUUUGGUUUAAUUGAUCCACUUCUGGAAAAAUCGCCUAAUAAAUUGAUUGCUCAGUCAUACGACGGUGCAUCGGUUAUGAGUGGCCAAAAAGGUGGUGUUAAUGUGAAGAUAAAAGAAAAGUAUCCAUUCGCCUUUUUUAUUCACUGUUAUGCUCACCAAUUGAAUCUAAUAAUGAUACAAUCAAUUUCAAAAAAUAAGCAAAGGGUAUCAGUGUUAGAUGAAGUAGUCGGUGUUCGUUUGCCAAGAGCAGUACAGACUCGAUGGAACUUUAAUAUAAGAACCGUUAAUACUGUUUUUGAACACAGGGAAGACUUGAUUAUUUGUAUGGAUAAAAUAAUUGAAACAUCUUUACAAGCUAAAACAAUUAAUCAAGCCACUGGUAUUAAAAGGCUCCUAGAAGAUACUGAUUUUAUUUUUUGGCUGAAUAUUUUUCAUAAAAUUAUGCCACAUGUUGACUGUUUGUAUAGUUCUGUCCAAGCUAGAAAAACAGACCCUGUUCAA